UCUUAAAAAUGGCAGUUGAUUUACAGUGCUAUUUUGCAGAGUGAGAUACAAAUGUUGGCAAUGACAGUCUGUAACCUUGGGGAUCUGUAAGACAGUCUGCAAUAAAUCCACUCACUGAAGGGGCAUUUAAUUGGAACGAGUAAGCUGAGCCUCAUGCCUGCAUGCGCCAAAGCCAGGGCAAGUAGAGUUGUGCUGAAUUUUCCAAUUAAUUUUACACAGAAAAUGUUUUGGUAGCAUUUUUGCCAGAAAUUAUCUUUAUAACACUGUUGUUUCCUGAAACAUUGGUUAUCUAUGCCCUGAAGUGUGCCAACUAUGCACUAUGUUAAAAAAUGGGCCAUUUCAUGGUCUCUCUCUAUGGUAAAACUUAUGUUGUAGCACACAACAUGAAAUCAUCAGAGGUCUUAUUGCGGAGUCCAAAUCCCACAUCCUCACCCACACUUUAGCCACCUGCCUUGUUGUCAAAUCCUAGCAUUGUAUCUCCCCUCUUAAGACAAUUUCAGCCAGUGCAGCUCCCUCAGCAUCAGCUGGGAUAGGCUCAAUAACCAUUAUUGAAAGUGGGCUCUGACUGUGCAGAGUGGAGCACUAGUCUGCUCUGAAGAAACACCAUCUGACUCCUGGUGAUAGGCAUCCAAAUGGAUGACGAUUUAGACUGGUCACCGCCUUCAGAGGCGGAAAUGAAGGUUAUCCAAGCCAAACGGGAGAGAGCGGACAAAAUUUCCAGUCUUAUGGGCUCCUACCUGCUCAAAGGGUACAAAAUGUUGAACGAGACAUGCCCAAAGUGCACGACCAUCUACCUCCGUGACAAGCAAGACGAGCUUUACUGCGUGGCCUGCGUGGAGGUGGACGCUGACACUGAGAAAGACAACCCAGCCUCCAGCGCCGAGGCGGCCCGCCGGCAGGUGGCUGAGUCGCAGUUCUCGUCGCCUAGACCUGCGCGAGCUGGGGCGGCGGCGGCCAGCCCGGCGUCCGGCGGCGGCGCGGCCGAGGCGGCACCCCUGCGCCGGCCGGUGGGCGACGGAGACCCGCGGCCGGCCGCCGGCGAAGACCCGCGGCCGGCCGGCGCCGCCGCUCUGCAGCAACCGGGCACCGAGGAUGAUGCCGUCCGUGCGGCGGCGGCCGCCGUGCGCAGCCGACUAACUUGGGCGGCCAGCCAGCUGGACUCGUGCGCCUCGGUCGAGGCCUCCGCCCAGCUGGUGGGGCUAAUUCGCGCCUGCGCCGAGGCCCUGCACGCCCUCCGGUAGGCGGCGCCACCGGCGAGGGCCCGUCGCCCAUCUGCCGUGACCUUACCACGAGUCCUCGGAGGACGGUGGCUGUCUGAGCGGGCUGACCGCCGUGAAGAUGCUCGGAGGUAGACCGCUUGUGCAAUGGGCUCCGCCGCGACCUGCAGUAUGCGACGGUCUCCGUUGGUGCCCCGGUCGUUGAACUGACUCGAAUUCGUCCGAUUGGGCCAACUGUGAUAUGACGGUCGUCUGUGCGUGACGGCUCACAAUACAAAGUGUGUCAGGAGUGUCAACGAUCGUGCGCUGUUUUCUCACGCUGGAAUAAAAGCCUCACAUGCG